AUGGCCUCAAUUCCCGCUAAACGACGCGAUUCCUCACGUCUGGCCCCAGAAACCGUCGCGACGGCCGCCGCUUCAAUAGAGCCACUGAAACAGUCUGUGUGUUCUUCGGAGUCAUCCUCGAAUCUGGUCGUCUCAGACUCUCCCUCCCAUUAUUCGUCUUUCUCCAGUUCCGAUAGCGACGAUCCCCUCCCGCACGCAAUCGAGCUUACCGAUGAAGAUGACGCCGGCGACGUGGUGGGGGUUAGCAUUGGGCGCGAGCAGAGCCGCAUGAAGGCCCGAGCUACUCCUCUAGAAGAGAAGAACCGGGUAUUAGAACAUCAAGGGACAUACUUCAAGCCCAUACCGGAUACUAUAGGAGAGGAUGGUCUAUUCGCGUCGGAAAUCACGGCUGAGCCAGAGUCAUUGGAGCCAAAGGCUAAAGAAGCACCGGCGCCAGCGCCAGAGCCAGCACCGUGCGAACGGAAGUCCGGAAAUAAGCCUCAGGUGUCGCACCCCUCUCCGCGGUAUAACCAGCCCGGGCCAGGUCACCUUGCGCAUGGUCCUCGCAGCGAUCUGUUUACGUCUGAAAAGACCGGGUCGAAAAAUACAGCUGUGACUCAGCGGACUGGCUUUGUCGGGGCCUUGUUGAAAAAUACAUUGCCUCGUCGACAACGCAGCUGGUCUGGUGAGCUGAAGAAAUUCCUACCUGACCUGACCAAUUUGAGGAAACGGCCCUCUCUCCCCUUCCGUGUGCCCAAUGGCCAAAACCGAGCCCGCAGUCAGACGGUAGCACCCUCGGUCAAAAAGAGCUCGGGAUUGAAACGAACUUCAUCGCUGGAUCGGCGUCCGCCGCCAUCGCCUCUUGCAACACCAAGUGCUUCUAGCAUCGAAGAUGACGGAGAAGCUGUUCAGCCUAUACCUGAGCUGCGCUCACCAGACGGAAACUCGGCCGCGAAGCAUUCCUUCGUGCGGAGGCCUAGCGCGGUGAUGUCGGGUCGGCCGUCAAGCCUGCGAAGGUCUUCGUCGGAUCAAUCGCUGUAUCUGCGUGCCUCGUCCACGGCAUCAUCCUUAGAGCAGCGACCAUUGUACGAGAAUGUGCAUAGCCAGGUAAACAGCCGGUUCAAGGCAAUCAAGGAUAGUUUCCAAGACUCGAGUAGCAGGCUGCUCACCAGGCCGACUCUCCAUCUGCAGGAUAUCCGUACUGAUUGGGGCUCUCGUCAAUUCCUGCCAGACCUUGGAAAUGGCCCAUCAAGUAACAGCAAUGGUGGCAGUGGUACUGCUAAAAAGGAGCAAUUGCCGCGGGCUGCAACCAUGCCGCAAUCUCCGCAGAACAAUCCGAACAUAACACAUCCAAUCUUGGAAGAAGCAAUGGCAGAUCUCACGGGCGAUGUCGUGAUUCUCGGAGGAUACCGAGGAUCAAUCUUGCGGUCUGCUAAGCCACCCCAUCGUCAACUUUGGGUGCCGAUGAAGGUUGGCUUGAAUCUGCGGAAAGUGGACUUGGAGGUCGGGCUGAACCCAGAGGACGAGGAACGCAUGGAGGAAACCAUCAUUCCAUCCGGGGUUCUCUCCCACGUUGGCCCAGUGGACAUCUGUCGACGAUUGAUGAAGCGGUUGCGCAAGAGCGAAAAUGCCAUGCGCGGCGAACUGCGUGUCCACGAUUAUGGAUACGACUGGCGUCUAAGCCCCGAGCUGCUCUCACGCAGACUCAUCGCCUUCCUAGAAAGCCUCCCUUGCAACCAGGAGCCUUCACCAGGUGAGCCCCGACGCGGCGCUAUGGUCAUCGCCCACAGCCUGGGCGGUCUCAUAACCCGACACGCAGUCAACGAGCGACCAGACCUCUUCGCCGGAGUUGUGUACGCAGGCGUACCACAGCACUGCGUGAAUAUCCUCGGGCCACUCCGCAGCGGCGACGACGUCCUCCUCAGCUCGCGCGUUCUAACAGCGCAAGUAAACUUCACCUUCCGCACGAGCUUCGCCCUCCUCCCAGAAGACGGCCACUGCUUCAUCGACAAGCAAAGCAAGAAAGAAUUCCGAAUCGACUUCUUCGACGCUAAGACAUGGGAUGACCACCGUCUCUCCCCUUGCAUCGGCCCCGCUCUCCCCGUACCCCCAGCAACAAACAACAACACAAUCCUCGGCUUCAAGGACAUCCCUAUCCUCGGCAAGCGGUUCUCCAUCGGUCCUCGCGAUGACUAUGACGAACUCCUCCCCACCCAGGAUAUCCACAACCUCCCCCAAGACAGUCACCACGCCCUAUCGGCAACUGAAAAAGACAUCCAAGCCCGAAAUGCAAAUACCCCGCACAACCCCGCUUCCUAUGCCGCAUACGCAUCUGAAAAAGCCCGAAACCCAGCAGACGGCUUAGUGGGACCAGGCGCACACCCGCGCAGUAGCGCGGCAACCUCCAAAAUCGCCACGACGAGCACCCUCCCGCGCGCUGCUGCGAAGAAGUACCUAGAGCGCACGCUGGCAGAUACCAAGCGGUUCAAGGCGAACCUCGCAUUCCGACCUGAGCACCAUUCUGAGAACAGAUACCCGCCUGCAGCGGUGCUGUACGGGAAGAGUGUGCCUACUGUAUACGGGGCGCGGGUUGUCUCGCAGGAGAGUAUUAAGCAGGUUGAUGCGUAUGAUGAUCUUGCGUUCGCGGCUGGGGAUGGAGUCUGUCUUGCCUCAGCUGCUAUGUUGCCGCCUGGAUAUAGGAUUAUCAAGCAUGGGUUGGUGAAGAGUGAUCGGGGACAUGUCGGGUUGCUUGGGGAUCUUGAGGGGGUUGGGCAGUGUCUUCGGGCUGUUCUGAGGGGGAGGGCGGAGGGAGUUGGAUUGGGGGAGAAGGAAUUGUGA